AUGGACGGGGCGCCAGCUCCUGCCGACGUGUUCUUCCGGUGGCAAAACGGCGGCGUACCUAGUACCCGGCAAGAUGGCAAGUGUCAUGGUGAAGCUCGCCGACACUCCACUGCCGUCUCCCGGGAGCUCCCGGAGCGCUGUGCAGAUCUCUUGCCACGUUUCGUAGACAUCUUUGUUACCUGCCACGCCUCCGAGCUCGAGGCUAUGAGCAGGUAUACCAGCCCAGUGAACCCAGCUGUCUUCCCCCAUCUGACCGUGGUGCUCUUGGCCAUUGGCAUGUUCUUCACCGCCUGGUUCUUCGUUUAUGAGGUAACCUCCACCAAGUACACGCGGGAUAUCUACAAAGAACUCCUCAUCUCCUUGGUGGCCUCCCUCUUCAUGGGCUUUGGGGUCCUCUUCCUGCUGCUCUGGGUCGGCAUCUACGUGUGA